AUGAGAGAUUUAUUAUUACUAGCCAUUGCCGUUUUGGCAGUGACAGGGAACGCUUUUGCCGAAGUAUACAAAAUUCCGAGAGGUCCAGCAGAAUCUUCGAGCAAAACGAGAGAGUCUAAUGUCCACCUCAAACAAAUCGACUUACUACCUCAUGCAACAGAGGAAAGAGGUGUAGAUUGUCCUCUAGAGGGAUAUACAUUCUUACCGCACGAAUCUUCUUGCACCAAGUAUUACUCUUGCGAAAACGGAAAUAAGUAUAUGGGUGAAUGUCCUGAAGGCAUGAUAUAUGAUUACAUUAGAGAAGUUUGCGAUUCGCCGCAUGCCGCCAUAUGUAUAAACCAAAAGUAUAACGACUUUUACAACAAUGAUAAUAAUUGCCAUUUUCCAUCUGAUUGUCCAUCCUUUGGCCAUAGUCGUUAUUCUCAUGAAAUAGAUUGUAGUUUAUAUUACGAAUGCUCCAAUGGUCGCAAAUGUCUUCUGAAAUGUUUCGACGGGCACGUCUUCAAUCCAGUAAUCAGCACGUGCGAUAUACCCAAGAACGUACCCAACUGCCGCAGCUAUAUGAAACUUCUUAUGACGUGCAAAAGUGGACAACUCUUUGACUAUACAGAAGAAAGAUGCAUUGAUAGUAGUCAUGCUUACUGUUAUAUGGACAGUAAUACUAGGAAUUGA